CGGUGUGCGUACAUACAUACUAUGCCGAGGCAUAUCGACGCCGGCGGCACGGGAGUAGCAGCAGCACCACUGGCAGCAGAGCAGCGGGCGAUCGCUAUACGAGCGUGGUGCGUGUGCACGGGCGUCAUGAACGGGGUCGCGCGGUCGUGGAGUGUCGUCUGAGGGAAAAAUCGGCGACCGCUUGUUCUCGCGGGUGAUGCACCGCUACUGUCAUCUGUCCCGCACGCUGUGCCGUCGACGAUAAUGCGAUGAGUACGAUGACAACGACGAGGACGAACGCGACGACGACGACGAUGAUGAUGCCACGCGACAUUCCGCGGCAGUGAAACUCGGCGACGCGGACGACGACGACGACGAGGAUGCCGAUAACGCCGCGAGUGCAGAGGAACGAUUGUGCGCUACGUGGUACCGCUGUCGCAGCUUGAAAGUGCAACCGUGCGCUGUGCGUGCCGUCUUCACGCGCGUCCGUACUCCGCGUUUUUCUCCGCCCGAUCCCCUCCGCACGUCACAUCGGGACGUCGACGUUGAGACGCCAGGCGAAGCGAUCCCGAAGGUGCGAUGGCAGCUCACAAGGCGGGCGGGCAGAGCACCCGUAAGAAAGUACAGGUGUCCAUGGUUAUAAGAGAUGAAGUGGAGAAGCAGCACAGGGCCGGUGUUAAUUCCUUGCAGUACGAUCCGGCUCUGCACAGGCUAUAUUCCGCUGGCAGAGACAGCAUUAUAAGGAUAUGGAAUUGCAGGAACAUGAAGGAGCCGUAUAUCCAAUCUAUGGAACAUCAUACGGAUUGGGUUAACGAUAUAGUACUAUGUUGUAGUGGCAAAAAUCUUAUAUCCGCAAGUUCCGAUACCACUGUCAAGGUAUGGAAUGCGCAUAAAGGUUUCUGUAUGUCCACCCUGCGCACGCACAAGGACUAUGUCAAAGCAUUAGCGUAUGCCAAAGAUAGAGAGCAAGUUGCUAGCGCGGGUCUGGACAAGUCGAUAUUUCUGUGGGAUGUUAACACGCUGACUGCCCUUACCGCGAGUAACAAUACAGUCACAACGUCGUCCCUGAGUGGAAACAGAGAUUCUAUAUACAGCCUUGCCAUGAAUCAGAUCGGCACAAUUAUCGUGAGCGGUAGCACGGAGAAAGUCCUUCGAGUGUGGGACCCACGAUUUUGCACCAAACUCAUGAAGCUUCGUGGUCACACGGACAAUAUUAAAGCGCUCGUCCUGAACAGGGACGGGACGCAGUGCUUAUCAGCGAGUUCCGACGGCACUAUUAAACUGUGGUCGCUCGGCCAGCAGAGAUGUGUGCAAACAUUUAGAGUUCACAAAGAAGGAGUAUGGGCGUUAUUGGCAACGGAUAACUUUAGCCACGUAAUAUCUGGAGGUAGGGAUAAGAGGGUAGUAAUGACAGAAUUAAGCUACGCAGAGAGAUACACGGUUAUUUGCGAAGAAAAAGCACCUAUACUCAAGAUGGCCAUGACGCCGGAUCAAUCUAGUAUUUGGGUCGCCACCAGCGAAUCAACCAUUAAUAAUUGGCCAAUAAGCCAGAAAGAUUGGCAAGAGCUGGGAAUUGGGGAUUAUUGCGAUUCCGCCAGUAAUGUACCAGGCAAUAUUUUAAGGAACACCGAACCUGCGCAGAAAAUACUAGGCGGUCCCGCCAUAAGGCAUUAUCACAUAUUAAAUGACAAAAGACACGUUUUGACAAAGGAUACGGAAGAGAAUGUUGCACUGUAUGAUGUGUUAAAGGCGUGUAAAAUAGAAGAUUUAGGUAGAGUCGAUUUCGAGCAGGAAUGUAAAAAGAGAAACAAAAUGGUGUAUGUUCCAAACUGGUUUAACGUCGAUCUCAAAACAGGGAUGUUAACUAUACAUUUAGGACAAGACGAGAAUGAUUGCUUCUCCGCAUGGGUUUCCGCCAAGGAGACUGGUCUAGCGGAGAACGACGCUGUAGAUCAGAAAGUGAAUUACGGAAACCUCCUGCUGCAAGCGUUACUCGAGCAUUGGUGGAGACCGUUGCACGCUGACGAUGAGAACGAGGGCAAUGGCAACGAUGGAAACGGUCCUUUGCAACACACGAGAGGAGGAAAUCCUUACUUCUCGGUUCCCACUCAUACACCCGUCAUCUUCAGCGAAGUGGGAGGCAGAACCAUCUACCGACUGUUGGUGCGAGACGCCGCGGGAGAAACUGAGGGUGUCCUGUUGAACGAGACCGUGCCGCCAUGGGUGGUGAAUAUCGUCGUGGACAAGAAUCUUCCGCAGUUCAUCAAGAUACCUUUCUACCUUCUUCCACACGCCUCUUCAGGUGUAAAAAGUUUAAAAAAGGAUCGUUUGAUAGCCAACGAUUUUAUACAAGUACGCAAAGUGGCCGAGCAUGUUUACGAUAAAGUGCUCGGCGCGGGAAGCGAUUCAGGGUCAGUAGCUGGUGGCGGAAAUACGGUUUCCAGCGGAUCUCCGGCGGGCGAUAGGACGAACACAGACUCCAAUGCUGAUAAUUCUUCGCUGGCCGAGGAAAAAGUUGAACUCCUGUGUAACGAUCAAGUCUUGGAUCCUUCAAUGGACUUGAGAACAGUUAGACAUUUCAUUUGGAAAAGUUCGGCGGAUUUAACACUUCAUUAUCGCCCUGUUAAAUAGUUAGGAUUAACUGCAUUACAUCAUGAACCUUUACAGUGUGCCUGGUUUUAUACCAUGAAUAGUGGAAAAUACAUGGGCUACUUGCAGAAUAUGGUACCUUGUACCACCUUCUUCUUAGGAAAUGAUCACCUGGAUUUAACGAAUGUUUCGUGUGAUGUCGAGGCGGAAGCGAAGGAAAGCGAGGCGUAUUUGGAGUAUUAGGACACAACAUAAAGUUCUAAGGCAAUAAUGUGUGGAAGUAUUAAUGUAAAUUGCUCACUUUUAUACACUUGCAUCCUGCGGCCAAAUUCACACAACGGAGCAUUACUCUCGAUUAAUCUGCUUGAGAACAUCAUGCUUUUUGUACCUGGAUAUAGAGUUUAAAGUGCUUGUUGUCAGCCAUAUAUCGUCUUCCCACUUCAAAAGUAUCAAUAAGAACGUAUGGCACAAAUGCAACAAAGAAAAAGGGGGACAGACUGCAUGGCCGAGAAAAUUGUUGGUUUCGUUAGGUCUAAUGGAUCCAGGUGAUCCCAAAUGCUUCUCAAAUUUCUUUUAUUAAUUCUAUUUUAGCUGUAUUUCGUAAUCAGUACGUAGAAUCGUCUUCUUUUAGUAUUGUAAUAAAAGUAUUGAAUAUUUAUUCAGAAUAUAAGAAAUUCUACAACGUGUUUUGUUAUAUGCAUGCAUGCAAAAUGUAUACUCCACACCUGCCUUGUUAUAUUAGAGAGUGAGAAGAAAAAAUAUAUAUAUGUACAUAUAUGUGUGUAUAUACAUACAUAUAUAUAUACAUAUAUAUGUAUACACAUAUGAAACAGAGAAAAGAGAUAUGUCAAUUUACCAUUAAUCAAAUUAUAUUUGAAUAGCCAAAUUAGAAGUUCCAUAUUUCCUAUCGUUCAUAUAGGAAGUAAGAGAAUGUAUUUGUCUGCAGCGUAACAAGGUCAAAUUCUGUCCUGAUCAAAGCUAAUAAAAUAUAAAUAUGAGAUAUAUGUACGUAUAUUUAACUAAAAAUUAAAUUUUAUAAGAUCCUAUAUAAAUGCCAUUGAUAAUAUAAUUGUCGAAGGAUAUACAGUAUUCAACAGAAUUUGAUCUUUGAAAAGAUUUAUGAUGAAUAAAAAUUAUGUAGUUGUUCUUAAGUUAACUUUCGAUUAUUUUCUAGAUUGUAAAUUGUAUGUAUAUGAACACGACUGUGAAUAAUGUCCAUUAAUAAUAUAGUAUGCCGUAUGAAUAAAAAUUUAACAGAUCUUAUUGUGCAAACAACUCAGAGCUGCAGUAAUAAUGUUUGCUAUUACUGCAAAGUUUAUUGCCAGAAGAGAAAUUAUACUAGUUUUUAAUAUGGUCUGUGAGAUACAAUAUAUUGUUUGCAUUAUUAAAGUUGUGUAUACAUGAGAGCAAUCUUUUUAUAAAUGUAAAUAAUAUUUUGUCAUUUUAACUAGACGUUAAUGUACGUUACAAUUUUAUCUAUUGUCAAGCCCGGAUUUACCUUGGUUUGAUAAUGUUAAUGCUUUACAUACGUUAGAAAUUAUUUGCUGUCACUCGUUUUCGUUCUCUAUCCAAAUAUGUAUUGUUAAGGUACUACGAGAGAGAAAGAGAAAGAGAAACAUUUCUUGACUGAGUGAAAACAUAUGGAUGCGUGGCUGGCAAAAAUUGUAUCAUCCUAGUUAAGAAUGCCUUAUUUGUUAUCUUUACACGAGUUGUUUCAAAAGAAAUUGUGCAGUGAACUUAUAUUUUUUUAAAACGUUAUUAAAUCUUAGAAUAAUUUUUCGAACCAAAUGUAAAUUAGAUCGAAAAAUUAAUGCGAAAAAAUAUAGUUACCUUUUUAUCUCGAUAUGAUAUAUCACAAGAAAUGAAAAUUGCCUUCUCUAUUCGAAAUUAUUUCAAUUUAUUACAAUUGAUAUAUGAUUUUAUUUAUAUAAUGAUUGUCCAAUCGACUAAUUUUUCAGUUCAUUGCAUAGUUUUCUGAAAAUGUAUAUAUUAGUGUUCUCUAUACAGAUUUCUCGCAUGAAUCAAGAGUAAUCAUUCUUUUUUUUUUAUUUAAACAUUCAUCUUAGACACAUUUGUUAUCAUAAUGCGAGUAAUCAAGAUGUGCCUGAUCGUAGAUCAUAAGUUACAGAGGGCAUUUCAAUCACGGCUUAUAUCGAUAUUUAAAACAGCCCAUAGUUACAAGAUACAUAUUGCAUAAUUAGCAUUUCUCUUUUACAUUACCAAUGAUAAAUCAUAAAAAGUUACCAUGUUAUCAUCAUGAAAUUAUAUUUAUUAUUUAUUUUUUUAGCAGGCAGCAUAUAAUUUCAUUUAGUAAAAGAUGGUAAAUUUAGUCGUUUCAUUCACCAGACAUGAUAUUUUUGCACGAAAAAACGGAAGUAUUAAUAUGAAAACGUUAAUAGUGUAAAAAUCAAAAUAUUGAUUUCAUCUUUCUUCAACCUAUAUGUAAAAAGAAAAACGAGAUUUAAAGAACAAAGUAGCAAAUUCCGGUGCCAAAUUUUAUACGGAAAACGAUACUCGCAAAGCACCGUACAGACAGAAUUUCCUUUCUGUAAGCAUGUUUCUUUGUUGGAGGUCCUACAGUGGUACUACUUAUACGACAUAAGGCGCCACGUAGUGAAAGAUUAAAUUCAUAAUUUUUUAGAAACGAUUAUAAGAUUGUAGACUAAUAUCGUCUCUGCUGAAAAGAUCGAAUGCUUGCGUCAGAUUGCUUUGUAAAAUACAUUUUACUGUCCCGACGUGUAAACUAUUAAACUUUUCGACGUUAAACCGAACAAGUCAAAUUUUCUACAAUUUUCUACGAGUGUCUUAACGAGACGAUAUAUUUCUAUCCUCGAAACUACUUUCAUAUUUAUCUGAUUAUCUUUGUAAUGUAUAUUACUAUUGAUAUUGUGUCUCUAUCGGAACUUACAUUAAUAGGCAAAAACGACAUAUGUAAAGCUCCAUAUCAGAGAAUUGACAUUCAUUUUUAUUUGUAUUUAUUCCGUCUGUUUUAUAACAAUAAUACGGCAUCACUCCAGACUAUGUACACUAUAUAAGAUAAUCCAGUAUUUAUAUAAAAUAAUUUAAUAUAGAAAAGAGAUUGCAUCGCGCAGCGAUAUUUGAAUAAAGAAUUCUAUUGCUA